GACAAAAAAUAUUUCACUUUAUUUAUGUGCAAUCUUUCUUACGAGUUUCUGCGAAAAAAGAUUAAACGAAUCUGUUUACAUCUGCUCGUGUUGGAACGUGUUAUCGCGAUGAACGUUUCGUAACCAACGUUUCUUAUCAUUUUUACGAGAUUGUGAAAUCGGUAACGUGUCAAUGAUAUAUUGAUUAUAUAAAUCUAUGAAAUUUAAAUAAGUAUAAUGAAAAUUGUUGGUUAUAAAUAACGAAACGCGAAAUACAAUGAUAAAUAUACGUAAUAAGGAACACUGAAAACUGAAUUAUUAUCGAGCAGUAAAGCUCUAUGUCUAUAAAUAACUUUUUUAUAAAUAUUUGAAAAUUAUAAAAAAAAAUUCUGGCCCAUGAGGGGAUCGAACCCGCGACCUUCGCGUUAUUAGCACGACGCUCUAACCAACUGAGCUAAUGGGCCGAUGGAAGACACGCUGAGUUCUUUAUAUUUCACGUAAAUUUACAAUACAAAAUUUAAUAUUACAAAUAAAUUAAUCAGUACUAUAAAUUCGACAUGUUUUAAUAUCGUCGAAAUACGUGAAACAAUUAAAUUUAAAAAGUAGAAGUAUGUAUCGAUUUUUUUUUUCUUAAAAGAAUCGAAUUCAAUGAUACGUGGCAUCAUUCAAGGGACAAAUAUCUUUCGUUAACUUUCAAAAUUUUAUAUUCAAAAUUUUCAAGUAUAAGAAAAACUAAUCAAAAUGCCGGCGGAACAGGCGGUUGAUAUGUUAAACGAUACCCUAGCGGAGAUCGUGUUUAGGACUAAAAACGUAAAUAAAUUUAAAAGAUUGGCACGGAACACGCAUUUCAAUUACAGAGAAGUUGAAGCCUUGGCAAUUAUUCAUCGAAAGUGCGUUCAGAUAAUGGGUCCCAUAAGCAGAAUAUUAUUUCGAGAUCUGUUCCAUGCUGGUUUCGAUUUCACGGAAAAUAUUCGCCAUAUAUUGGUGGACAAAAUGUUCUCAGUAAUCGACAAACGUAAUGCUUUACAGAUACAUUGUGACAAUUGGAUCGAAGGUCUUUCGGUGAUUCUUCGCGGAACUAUAGAGGAGAAGAUACAUUUUGCUUAUCAAACGUACGAUCAUUUGAGAACACACAAAUUAAAAAAGGAGCACAUAUUUCCCAUGAUGCGCGGUUGUUUAAUUAAACUGCAGAACGAUGAAAACCCAGACGAAGCCGUGAAGGAUUUGAUAGAUUUGUUAAUAAAAAAAUUGGACGUGGAUCGCGAUGGCAUGAUAUCGGAAGAGGAUUUUAAAACAGCGGUGAAAGACAGAAACCCUCUUCUUUUGGAAUGCAUGGGACCAGUGUUUCCUUCCAGAGAUGCUCGCCACGUUUUCCUCAGCACAUUUACGGAUCGUAUGGGAAGAUAUUAACGAGCCAUCCUUAUCGAAGAAUAAUUUCUCAGAGGGAAAUACGCUUCUCUCUUUCUCUCUCUCUUUCUCCUUGAAAUCCAAGUUUGGAUUUUGCCAAUCCUCGUCUGCAGAAGCUAACAGCAAGGUCUGACAGAGGCAACAGAGGAGGGAAGGAGAAGGAAAAUGUAGCAAAUCGGACAGAAGGGAUCCGCCUAGGCCCUGUAAACGGUUCACUAGAUUUUCGAGGCUGUCUGAACUGCAUUCAUCACGAUUCGUCGAACGUGGAAGAUUGACUUGCUCUUUCUUAACAAACAAUCGCUAAUGGACCGCGAUAAUACCGCCUCCUAAUCGCAUCAGAUGCAAACCGUGACGCAACCGUCGAUAAGAUGCGAUCAAUUGCUCAAUUGAGUUUCGUCAAGUGCAAUUUCUAUCUGUUCUAUAUCGUUAUAUCGUUCUUAGUGCAAGCUGAAAAAUAUAUCGUGCGAUGUGAGUAUGGAUUUAUCUCAUUACGUUUAUAUAUAUAUUUAUUUAUUUUGUGAAAAGUUUUCGUGACACAAAAUUUAUACGAUAAUUAUAGAAUUAUAGUGUUAUGCGAUUAUACGCUGAUGAACAGAUUUUUGUGUGGAAAUAUAUGCAAAGAAUAUACAUUUUUUUCACAAA